AUGGCACUUCUCCAAACAUCUCUGAUCUGGAUAAUCUAUGCCGUCACCAUAGGUAUUCUGCUAGCAGUGGCCUCGGUCUUUAUUUACAUAUAUCAAACUCCAAGGGAUAGAUCACCUUCAGUGACACUGACAUGCAUCAUUUCCAUCACUAGUCUCUUGGCAACUGUGUUGUUACUUCCAGUUGAUGUUGCUCUAGUGUCAUCAACCACCUCGUCCAAGUUGGGUUGCCGAAAAGAUUGGGCUACUCAAGAUGCUGUUGACAAAAUUACAUACUCACUGACUAUUGUCUACUAUGUGCUUUACUCCCUAGAUGCCUUGUUAUGUCUCUUGGUGAUACCCUUUACCUACUUUUGGUAUGAGGAAUGUGACGAAGUGGCGAUCGAGGCUGGGGAACAAAGUGUAGGACAGCGACUCUGGGGCGCUCUGAAGUACACAUUGGCUUUUGUCGCAGUUAUAGUUAUCCUAUUCCUAGUCGGCUUCUUUGUCCCUGUCUCUGGACAUAAGACUGGGUUGGACUUGGAUUACUUCAAGAAACUGCUUACUGAGAACCAUGGUGAACACGCAUUGACAUUUGCACUGGGAUUGCUGAUCACCCUUGGUACUUUCCUCUAUGUCUUGUACACUUCGUCAGGACUUGCCCUAUUCCCCAUCAGACUGAUCAAAACUGCACCUUCAAUCUCCAAUUCCAAAUUGCGUGUGACAACUGCACAACAGUUGGAGAUAAACCGAGAGCGCCAGCGCCAACUUGAAGGUCGUUGUUCAGGAAACCCGGAGCUACUCUCAUCAAAGGACCGCAGAGAACUCGAUACUCUGACGCGGGAUGAGAGGACUCUGAUCCGACGGCAACGCCUGGUCGAGGAAGCACAGGGUGAGGGUCGAAGUUGGUUUAUACGGGUAUGGUACCAAAUCGAAGCAGUCUUUCGCCCCUUCAGACUCCUCGGCGGCAUUCUCGUGCUCUUGGUCGCAUUCGUGACAUGGAUCUCGAUGUUCUUAACUGCCAUUGACAAAGCCAAGAAUUCAAUCUGCAAACAGCGCUGUGGAUAUAUUCUCGGGCACAUUAAUGUGUUUAACCCAAUCAACUGGGCGCUUGUCCAGUCUGCCAAAGUCUUUCCAGUCGACUAUGUGAUCUUCACUUUGCUUGUCCUACUACUAUUCUGCAGUUCCGUCGUCGGCAUUGCGGUGAUAGGUAUCCGCUUUCUUUGGAUCAGGAUUUUCAAAAUUCGAAAUGGCCAUACUUCUCCUCAGGCUCUACUUCUAGCUACAGCGAUGUUAAUGCUGAUGAUACUGGCUUUGAACUAUUCGAUCUCCAUGUUGGUGGCUCCGCAGUACGCCACAUUUGGACCACAGAGCUUCUGUGAUCGUUUGACAACAUCGCCUCUCGAACAACCAGAUUGCUCAGACACUCCAGAACUUGUUAAGCCGUGUACUGAACUCUCCGAUAAUCCUGUUGCUCAGCUAGUGUGCACUCCCACAAUUGUCAGCACCUUCCUCAAUCGGACUACUAUCAAUUUCCCUUUUUUUGGGGUCGUUUUCUUUUGGGCCCAAUUCUUCUUUCUUGGGCUCUAUCUUAUCGUCUUUUUGACCUCACUCUUCCGGUCACCGAAGUUGGAUGAGAGACAACUUGAUGAAGAUGCUGAAGAGGCAGAAGAAGAGGGCCUACUGGCUAACACGGGCAGACGCUUCAAUGCCUCCUGGCAAGACAUAACAGGCAGAACAGGCCGCAGUGGGCGUUCUCAAACCUAA